AUGUCCAAGGCAACGCUCGAGCCCUUCCUCCUCUGCCGCGGCGACACCUUCAAGGUGAAGGACGAGCUGAAGGGCAUCGCCGGCGCCGCCUGGAGCAAGCCGCUCGGCGGCUGGCUGAUUCCCGCUGACCGGCGCGACGAGGUUGCCGCGGUGCUCGACAAGGCGGGCAUCGCGCACAGCGCCGAGGCGCCCGGCACCGGCGCCGAGGCCGCUGCGGCAGCGACCACUGCCGUAGUCGAGGCCUCCUGCUCCGCUGCCGCUGGCGCAGUGCUCACGGUCUCGCCGCACAAGAAGGCCGUCCUCGUGACGGGCGAGACGCAGAAGGUCAAGGAGCUGCUCAAGGCGCUCAAGGGAAGCUGGAACAAGGGCCUCGGCGGCUGGUGCUUUCCGGGCUCGCAGCGCGCGGCGGUGCUGGCCGCGCUGCGCAAGGCGAGAUCACCCGAGAUACCCGAGGACCCGACCAACACCGUGACGGAGGGCGAGGCGGCGGCACAGCCGCCUGCGAAGCGGCAGAAGGGAAGCGCCGCCUCCGAGGGUGGCUUCAUCAACGACGACGACAGCGAGUGA